CACAAGUAUGCAAUUUGCAGUUCUAUUGUGAUAUUCUUAUGAUUUCUUUGUGAAUUCAACUUAUUUGAGAGAAUAUUGUGCAUCUUCUUUUUCUUUCUUUGUUUUUAAGAGGCUUUAAACUUUGAAGUUCAUUCGCCUCUAAACAUUGUGCAUCGAAUUACAGUUUGCGUUACAUUUGAGCUAAUACGAUUGCUGGCUAUAUAAAAAAAAUGUUUAACAAAAACACUCAAUGAAGCCGGCAUAUUAACCUCUGUUGAAAUCAAAACAAACAAACGUGAGAUAUGCCGAACAACAAAAAUGGCUUAUUAUUGGGCAGACAAUAUUCAUACAACAGCGCUCACACCGAGAGACUAUCAAGUGGAACUGCUUGCUUCCGCACGGGAGCGAAACAUCAUCCUUUGUUUGGCGCACAACUCUUCGAAGGAAUUCAUUGCACUGAAGUUGAUCCACGAAUUGGGAUUCCAGCUGCGAAGGUUCAAAGGGAAAAAGCGCACCAUCUAUAUAUGCGAUAAUGAUUCGGUCUAUAGUCUGAUACAAAAUCUCACUGAUUUGAAAGUAAUUUAUGUGGAUGGAAAUGACCAUGAUUUGGACUGGGAACAAGUGAUUGAAACUUAUCAUGUGAUAAUUAUCAACGAGAGAAACUGUUUGGACGCAAUCAUCAGUGGCUAUUUAGAUCUGGAUGAUGUGAAUUUAUUGAUCAUAGAUGAAUGUCAUAAGAUUUAUGGAAACGAUCAAAUUACUGAGCUGUUCAAUGAAUAUUACAACAGAUGCAAAGUUAAACCAAAAAUACUUGGGUUAGCUGGACCACUACACAACGCAAGAUGUGUCCCAGGACGGUUAAGUGCAGAGCUAGAACAGCUGGAACAAUGUCUCAAAUCAAAGGCGGAAACGGCUAGCGACAUCGUGACAGUACUCAGGUAUUGUACAAAACCAAAAGAAAUAAUUAUCCAAUGCGCACCACCACGAGAGACGGAAACAGUUGUCUAUUUGCGAGAACUGGUCUUAACCCAAAUUUCCUUUCUCGAAGAUCAUCGUUACGAUCCAUCUGAAAUCUACGAAGAUGACGAAUUUCUCGAAGAGUUGAAAAAUAUUCCAGACCCAAAGGUUGAUCCUUUGAAAUUUCUUAGAGAAUUUCUUGCGGUACUGGAGGAAAUGGGUCCGUGGUGCGCAGAUCGCGCUGCACUAGCAUUGAUCAUACAGAUCGAGAAGCAGAAAAUUAAAACUCCUUACGAGCGUCACUUUUUGCUGCUCUGCCUUGCGUCUACUGUUCUGGUACAUAUUCGCUCGUAUUGUGAUCUGGUUUUUAAGCAGUACAAAAAUGAAAUGGAGAAAAUUGAGGCUCAUUCAACGCCAAAAGUGCUCCGGAUAUUGCAGGUGUUUAAAUUAUUCAAUCCGGAUAUUCAUAAAGAUCACGAAGAUACAUCUGCAAUGAUAUUAGAGAAUGCGGAGCUAGAAAGUUGCCAUUUUGAGUCUUGCAAGAGUUUACUGCACGAAAUAAAAUUGAUAGAUCUUCAAAAGUUUAUCGAACGGGUUGAGGAGGUUGGCAAAAACAUCGAAAACAUCACAGAUGGUAUCGUGAGUUUGAAAAACUCCCUCAAAUCAAUAUUGGAUACAGCAAAGUUGGAACAGAGCCAAAUCAGAAAGCACAAAUCACCAGCUAAAAAUGGCAUGCGGCAUCCCCGACAGCGCAAAAAGGGAAAUCCAGGACACCGACAGAAUAGAGCUAACUUUCACAAUCAGAACGAUCCCGAUGCUCUUUGUGCGUUGAUUUUUUGUAACUCAAAGUUCACCACAAGGAUUCUGUACGGUUUAUUUUAUGAAGUUAUUCGCUCAAAUCCACAACUCAAUUAUAUCAAUGUUCAGUACACAUUGGACAAAAGUGCGGAUCCUGUGAUGGAGCCCAAAGAAGCCGAAGUUGAGCAUAGAAAACAAGAGGAGGUGUUGAAACGAUUUAGGAUGCAUGAGUGCAAUUUGUUGAUAGGAACUUCUGUACUUGAGGAAGGAAUUGAUCUGCCGAAAUGUAAUCUCGUUAUUCGCUGGAAUGAGCCGGUCAGCUAUCGGUCAUAUGUGCAGUGCAAAGGGAGAGCACGAGCUGCUUCCGCCUAUCAUGUCCUUUUCAUCGCGCCCAAAGUCGACCUAAAUUCUCUAGUGAAACAAGACAGUAUCAGUGAUCGCACGCAUAGAUACGUUUGCGGCAAAAUUUCAUCAUUUGAUGUGAAUAUGGCGAAGAGCAAUAAGGAAACUCGGGAUAACGAUGAUGAUGAUGAUGACAAUGAAAGCGUGGUAGAAACAAUGAACAGUUGCCAAAUAAACGAACUUGUUCUCGAAAACAACGAGAAUAUGUCAUACAAGGCUGGCUUGCAAGUUAUGGAAAACUGCACCAAUGAAAUGAUAGAAAAAGUAGCAAUUUAUAUGGAAAUCGAAAAGCUCCUCCUCCGCAAAUGUGGUAACAUAGAACCCCCCGAGAGUGAUCAGCUCUACGCUGAUUGCUUCAAUAAAUACCUGAAAGAGUACAGACCACUUCCGGAAUCGGAACCCAAUAGUAACGCAGUUGGAUUGGGAAAUGCAAUUCAAAUGAUCAACAAAUACUGCGCGAAGCUGCCCAGUGACACCUUCACGAAGCUUACACCGUUGUGGCGCUGUGCGAAGACUGUCAGGAACGGACACGUGUUGUUUCAGUACACGAUCCGCAUGCCAAUUAAUUCGCCUCUGAAACGGGACAUUAUGGGUUUACCCAUGCCGACAGAGAUUAUGGCUAGACGAAUCGCAGCGUACAUUGCGUGUAUGGUGCUGCACAAGACCGGGGAACUGGACAAUUCACUACAGCCGAUCGGUAAGGAAUCGUUCCGUGCUUUCGAAGCAGAUUGGGAGGACUUCGAGCUCGAAUCGGUCGAUGCACAGAUCGUAAGUGAAAAUUCGGAGCCUAGGCCUGGUACGACGAAGCGGAGACAGUAUUACUAUAAAAGGAUCGCUUCAGCAUUUUCAGAAUGCCGACCGACGGUCGGGUCCAAGGUGUACCUGUACCAUAUAAACAUGACACUGCAGUGUCCAAUUCCAGAAGAGCAAAACACCCGGGGUCGCAAGAUUUAUCCGCCCGAAGAUUCUCCUCAAGGUUUCGGUAUACUUACCUCUAAACUGAUACCUAAAGUUAGUGCGUUUCCAAUAUUUACACGUUCUGGCGAAGUGAAGGUAGCGCUGAGUCUAUGUAGCGAGCGUAUGAUUCUGAACCAAGAACAGUUAGAUAAGAUCAAUCUUUUUAUUAACUAUACAUUCACCAAGGUCUUAAGACUGCAGAAGUAUCUGAUGCUGUACGAUCCAGAAGCAACGGAAAACUGCUUUUUCAUCGUGCCGACAAUAACGAGGGAGAAUGCGGUUACCGUGGAUUGGGAAUUCAUCGACAAAAUCGCCAAGAAUGUAGACAAAAUGCCGAACAUAAUUCCAGAGGUGGACCGUAAAGAUUAUGCGUUUGAUAGCAAUCAAUUCAAGGACGCGGUAGUCAUGCCAUGGUACCGCAAUCAGGAUCAGCCGCAGUAUUUUUAUGUGGCCGAAAUAUGUUACCACCUAUCGCCGAAGAGCUCCUUUCCAGGUCUCAAUUAUAGCACGUUCGAAGAGUAUUACUACAAAAAGUACAGCAUACAGAUUCAGAAUUGCAAGCAACCAUUGCUGGAUGUGGAUCAUACCAGUGCUCGAUUGAACUUUCUAACACCAAGAUACGUCAACCGUAAAGGGGUGGCCCUUCCCACCAGUUCAGAGGAAACGAAGCGCGCCAAACGUGAGAAUCUCGAACAGAAACAAAUCCUAAUUCCCGAGCUGUGUACAAUACAUCCGUUUCCGGCGUCACUCUGGCGGGCGGCCGUCUGCUUACCCUGUAUACUAUAUCGAAUCAACGCACUGCUGCUGGCGGAUGAGAUUCGAAAAGAGGUGGCACGCGAUCUUGGCCUGGGUUCGAUGGAUAUAUGCGAUGAUCGGUUUGAAUGGCCAAUCCUGAACUUUGGCUGGAGCCUAGCGGAUGUAUUGAAGAAAUCGAGAGAAGCUAAAUUGAGCCAAGCGAUUCCGGUUAGCGGUGAAAUCAAGAAGCUAGAUUCGGCAGAAGAUUUAAGUAAUGUUGAUAAGGAGAAAGAAGAAAAAAUCGAUGAAGAUAAAAAUGAAGGAAAACCGGAAAAUGAGAUCUCAGAUCAGAAAACAGCUAAUGAUCUCCUAGAAGAGGCAGAAAGCAAGUUGAAAGUUGAAGGGUUUCAAAUUGGUACCUGGUCGAACGAAAUGGCGGAGAGUAUCGAACUUGACGGUAUAAGCGACGAAGAAAAUUGGGGGCUUCCACCAAAUGUUAACAUUUGUUCUAGGAAUAGAACGAACAUUCGUUACGGUUCGCCUACAUCAUGGGAUGUUGGAACGAAGGAACAACCGACUGAUAAUCGAUACUAUACCGAUUCGGAGGCUUCGUACGACUCAGAUGAUGAUCUGGAUAGUAGCAGUGGCGAUAAUGAUUCUUCCCAGGACUACGGACUCAAAAUAGAAUUCAAAUCGGAUAAUGUGGCUGAAGCGAUUGAAUCGGAGGAUGAUAUUUUGAAGCGACAAAAGCAAAUGGAUAUUAUUAACAGUGCCAAUCUGAAUGAACAGCUGUAUCAAAAUUCUAAAAAUGUUAGCAGUGGAUUUGAUUGUACCAAAAACGAGAAUAUAAAGAGCAAUAUCAGGUCGCAUGAAGAAGAGUUUGAACGGUCAACUAAAGAAUUUAAGGAGCAAAUAAGAGAUUGCGGGACGCUUAUAAAAUAUGAUGAGCCACUGACUGCAGAGAAUGUAAUAAGAAAGUCGAACAGCGGGAACCCUAGCCAGGAAGAGCGAGAAAUAUACGAACUUUUUCCAUAUGCAUCUAAACAGGACGUGGAAACUCAUUCGAUUGUUGCCAGCGAUGGAACAAGGUAUAUGGAUCUCGAGGGUUUUUAUGAAAUUAAUAGAAAAUACUUGCCGGAAGUGUACACCAUACUUGGAACGGGCGACAUAUUCGAUCGAUUCAACGAUGAGAACACCUUAUCAAUAAAUGAGAAAAACGAGAAAACCAUAUCGCUGAAUAUUACAAAUCCUUUCGUCGAUGACCAAAGUGAUACGGCAACUGUUGCCCGGAUUGAUCCAUCACCCGAUCAUUCAUUCAAUAAGCACCUCGAUAUCGACACAUCGUCAGAUGGAUUUAGUUUUGACUAUCAGCCAGAUUUGAACAACCACCCUGGCCCAAGCCCCAGCAUAGUCCUUCAAGCACUCACGAUGUCCAAUGCCAAUGAUGGUAUUAAUUUGGAACGCUUGGAAACGAUAGGUGACUCGUUUUUAAAGUAUGCCAUAACAACGUAUCUCUAUUGCACCUAUGAAAACGUUCACGAGGGCAAACUUAGCCAUUUGAGAUCGAAGCAAGUGUCGAACUUAAAUUUGUACAGACUAGGCCGGCGGAAAGUGCUAGGAGAAAGCAUGAUAGCAACAAAGUUCGAACCCCACGAUAACUGGCUUCCACCUUGUUACUAUGUCCCGAAAGAGCUGGAACAAGCUUUGAUCGAUGCAAAGAUUCCCGCUUGCCACUGGAAUUUAGCUGAUUUGCCAGAUAUCAAAAAGCUUUCGAGUGAAGAAAUCUGUAAGCUAGUCAAGGAGCGCGCCCAAAUGUUUGGGUUACUGGAUGACUCAGACGAAGACGGCGACCAAAUGAGGGAGAUUCAGCAGUUGGAAGUGCGAAACGAUGAAUUCAUAAAAAAUUCGGAGUAUUUCGCCUGCUUCAUACCGUAUAAUUUGGUUACCCAGCAUAGCAUUCCUGAUAAAUCGGUAGCCGAUUGUGUUGAGGCUCUGAUAGGUGCCUAUCUGAUUGAAUGCGGUCCACGUGGGGCGUUACUCUUAAUGGCCUGGUUGGGUAUACGAGUUCUGCCGGUACAGGAAAUACCCUUCAAUCCGGAUGCUCCACGUAUUCCUGGAAGUACAACGUGUUAUGAAAAAGAUGGGAAACAUGUGCACUCGGUGUACGGAUAUUGGAUACCUCCGAAAUCUCCACUACUAACGAAUGCUCCCAAUCCAAAGGAAACUCUUGAACAUCUGCUCGACGGUUACGAUGCUUUCGAGGCAUCGUUGGGAUAUCGCUUCAAUGAUCGUUCCUAUCUGCUGCAAGCGAUGACCCAUGCGUCUUAUUGUCCCAAUCGUCUCACUGAUUGCUACCAACGAUUAGAAUUUCUUGGUGAUGCUGUGCUUGACUAUCUCAUUACAAGGCAUCUGUACGAGGAUCCGAGACAGCACUCGCCAGGAGCCCUAACGGAUCUGCGAUCGGCUUUGGUUAACAAUACGAUAUUCGCUUCGCUAGCCGUAAGACACGACUUCCAUAAGUAUUUCAGGCAUCUUUCGCCGGGACUUAAUGACGUAAUAGAUCGCUUCGUUCGCAUACAGCAGGAAAAUGGCCACAGCAUCAGUGAAGAAUAUUAUUUGCGUUCAGACGAUGAAUGCGAUGAAGCAGAGGACGUGGAAGUUCCGAAAGCCCUAGGCGACGUCUUUGAGUCGGUUGCUGGAGCCAUUUUCCUCGAUUCUAAUAUGUCUCUUGACGCAGUUUGGAAGGUAUAUCGGAACAUGAUGGGACCGGAAAUUGAACAAUUCAGCAAUUCUGUUCCCAAAUCACCCAUCAGAGAGUUGCUAGAACUUGAACCAGAAACAGCCAAAUUCGGAAAACCGGAAAAGUUGGCCGAUGGACGGCGGGUUCGAGUGACGGUGGAGGUAUUUGGAAAAGGAACAUUCCGCGGGAUCGGUCGUAACUAUCGCAUUGCUAAAUGUACCGCAGCCAAAUGUGCGCUGAGGCAGCUGAAAAAAAUGGGCUUAAUCAACAAACGCCGAUAAUGCGAUCAGAAAGAACCGAAAUGUUGCUUAAUUAUUACUAGAAUAUUAUUUAUUUCACACCAUAAUAAUAAUUUUAAUUUACUGAAUUAUUUUAGGAUUCGUUCAGCAUGUAAUUAUAAAUUAAAGGUUGUGGUCAAGAAGUUCGUUAUAAGCAUUUCUACUGCCACAUUAUCUCAGAAA